GCCGCCGCUGAAGGCCCGGAGCCAUGACCGCCGCGCCCGCGCCGCUGCUGCUGCUGCUGCUGCACGCCUGCCUGCUGCUCGCCCUCGUCUGCAAGCCAGGCUGGUGCUCUGAGGACGAAGAGCGGCUGGUGCGCGACCUGUUCCGUGGAUACAACAAGCUCAUCCGGCCCGUGCAGAACAUGACGCAGAAGGUGGAGGUGCGCUUCGGACUCGCUUUCGUUCAGCUCAUCAACGUGAACGAGAAGAAUCAGAUCAUGAAGUCAAACGUAUGGCUUAGACUGGUGUGGAACGACUACCAGCUGCAGUGGGACGAGGCCGACUACGGAGGAAUCGGCGUUCUGCGUCUGCCGCCCGACAAAGUCUGGAAGCCGGAUAUCGUGCUCUUCAACAAUGCCGACGGGAACUACGAGGUGCGCUACAAGUCCAACGUGCUCAUCUACCCCAACGGCGAGGUGCUCUGGGUCCCGCCUGCCAUCUACCAGAGCUCGUGCACCAUCGACGUGACGUACUUCCCGUUUGACCAGCAGACGUGCAUCAUGAAAUUCGGGUCGUGGACGUUCAACGGAGACCAAGUGUCCUUAGCGCUGUACAAUAACAAAACCUUUGUGGACCUGUCCGAUUACUGGAAGUCGGGUACGUGGGACAUUAUCGAGGUGCCGGCCUACCUCAACAUCUACGAGGGCAACCACCCGACCGAGACGGACAUCACCUUCUACAUCAUCAUCAGGAGAAAGACGCUGUUCUACACGGUGAACUUGAUCCUGCCCACGGUGCUCAUCUCGUUCCUCUGCGUGCUCGUCUUCUACCUGCCGGCCGAGGCCGGCGAGAAGGUCACCCUCGGCAUCAGCAUCCUGCUGUCGCUCGUCGUCUUCCUGCUGCUCGUCUCCAAGAUCCUGCCGCCCACGUCGCUGGUGCUGCCGCUCAUCGCCAAGUACUUGCUGUUCACGUUCAUCAUGAACACGGUGAGCAUCCUUGUGACGGUCAUCAUCAUCAACUGGAACUUCCGGGGCCCGCGCACGCACCGCAUGCCGCCCUGGAUCCGCGCCGUCUUCCUCUACUACCUGCCCAUCCUGCUGUUGAUGCGCCGCCCCAAGAAGACGCGCCUGCGCUGGAUGAUGGAGAUGCCCGGAAUGGGCGCGCCGCCACACGGGUCGCCGGCCGACCUGCCGAGGCACCUGCCCCCGGUGGCGGCGGCGGCGGCGGCCGCGGCGGCGGCGGGGGCGGGCCACGGGCCGCGCGCCAAGCUGGAGGCGGUCGAGAUGUCCAACCUGCACCACCCCAACUGCAAGGUCAACCGCAAGGCCAGCGCCGCCGAGCUGCCGCCCGCUCGGCGCGAGAGCGAGAGCUCCGACUCGCUGCUGCUCUCGCCCGAGGCCUCCAAGGCCACCGAGGCGGUCGAGUUCAUCGCCGAGCACCUCAGGAAUGAGGACCAGUACAUCCAGAUCCGGGAGGACUGGAAGUAUGUAGCAAUGGUCAUCGAUAGGCUGCAACUUUAUAUCUUUUUCUUGGUGACCACGGCAGGUACAAUUGGUAUUCUGAUGGAUGCUCCACAUAUAUUUGAAUAUGUGGACCAGGACAGAAUAAUUGAGAUUUAUCGAGGAAAAUGAGUGACUUCUAAGAGAGUUCAUUUUCCUUCUCAUUAUUAUUUUGUGACUGUUCUCAAAAUCAGGACAGUCAGGUAUUUUGAGUGCAGUGUACAACAGAUGUUCCUGUGAAUGAACAUCGUAAACAGUUGAAAGAAGUCUGCAUGCUCUAUGAGCUAUAUAGUGAUAAUCUGUUACUUAAUAGUGAUGGUAAACUAUUCAAACUACAACCACCAAAUCAAGAUACAAUUCAUUAGAUAAAAUGCUAUAUGAUAAUAAAUGAACUCAUAAUGAAUGACCCAUUCAAACUGAGUACAGUUGAACUUGUUGUUAUUAAGUGGCAACCUAGAGUUGAUGAGUGGCUAGUAAGAUGAUAGGCCUAAUGGUUGUUUUGGUCCUAGUUUAAGAACAUUCUUUUAUAAUCAAAAGAAGAGGGGAGUGUUUUGGAAAAGUGGAACAAUGACAUGGAAAUCAUAAAUGUUUCCUUUGAAUAAGGAAUAAUGAGUGCUCAAAUUACAUCCUAUUACAAAAAGGAAUUAGAAUAUUAUCUUCAAAAUUAAAGUGGAGGAUGCUUACACAAUGUAAAUCGCCUUCUAUACAUCAAGAUAUGUCAUUAUAUCUUUGUACAUAUAUUAAUGGAAAGAGUGUAAAUAGCCCUCUACAGUAUAAAAGAACAUGUUGUUACAUACACCAAUCAAAGUUGUGCCCUGUGAUUUGACAAUGACAGUGGCUGUGGAAGAAUAGUAGAAGGUCAUUCGCAAGUCAUUUUACUUUCGUAUUACUUUGAGUGCACAUUAGAUUAUGUAGACAACACCAUGUUAGGAGUUGUAGGUGCUUCAUAUCUGCAGUGAAUCCAUAUGGAAUACUGCAAAAUGAAAUUCACCAGUACAAAGCAAAAUGGAAGUUUUGGUGACAGAUUACGUGUUUGAAGAAUAAUGUCCACUUACUGCCAAAAAUGUACGUAACAAAUCUUCUGUAAGUUUCAUACAGUUUCUGUUGUGGAUAAUUCUCUUAGUAUCAAAAUUUUGUAUUACUUUUAAAAUUUUAUUGUAUAUUUUUAUGCAGAUUCAUCCUGUAUAAAAUUUCACAUUUUGUAUAUUGUCUUCAAAAGAAUUUCUCUCAUCAUUAGAAAGCCCUGAUAGGAUUAUUUAGGGUGAGGUUCAAAGAAAUUUAUGUAUUGUAACAAAAUGAUUACACUGCCCAAUUUCUUUGUCUAUGAAUCAUUGGGUAUUUUUUCAUAACUGAGAAAGUACUGAAGGCCCUCAUUAAAAUGAAAAUCUACAGAUGCUAAAUGCUUGGUGCUGGCUUCUUUUUGAAAAGCAUGUGGCAUUUACACUAUAUCGUAACAGGUAAUGUUUAUUCCUCUUCUGCAUCCUGUCAAAUUGGUAAUAUUUUCCAGUGAUAGUUUUAUCAUUAUUAUUAUGCUUACUAAAUUCUUCUGUUUGAUUGUUUCUUGAUAAACACUGGUUCUGUUGAUAUACCUUAUGUCUAUAAUGGUGAUUUCUACUUCUGCUAAAUCAGUUUUUAACAACUUCCAGUUUUUCUAAAAGAAGAAGAGGAGAAAAGUGUUAGAUUCUGGAUGCAAUAAUGUAGAAUUAUAUGUUCUUCCUGUGAGCAGCUUACAUUUAAUCCAAUUUUGUUGCUACUUCAGCAGUUCGUUUCAUUAUUACACAUCAAUGAAUUAAGCUGUUCCAGUUAAUGCAGUAUUUAUUUCUCACACACACAAAUGUUUCUGGAUUAAUAUAAACACAACCGAGUGUUAUAAGUCCUGAGCACUGCAUCUUAACACAGGUAAAAAGACAUAUGAAUGAGUGGCAUGAAAUCAGAGGGUACACAAUGUUAUCUUACAGUGUUUUAUUGAUGCUUAUUUUUAUAACACAAAAUAAAGCAAUUAUAUUAAAUAUUAUAAUAACAGAAUACCUGUUCUGUCAAUGAACUGUGCCCCAAUAUACUGUGUGGCAAAUACUAUGUGCAACAGUCUGACAUUUUAGUGAUAUUUAAUGCAAAGAAGAUGCUAACAUUAUUAUUUUGCAAAGAAAGAAAAGACAAUAGGAAAUGUUCAUAGUGCUAGUAUAAUUCAAAACUGAAAUAUCUGGUUUAAAGAAAUACUGUAAAUUCUGCAGUGAUAGACUGGACCUGUCAUUACAACAUUUACGUGUUGUAAUAACAUUUACAAUGAAUUACUAGCAGCUUUCCUGGACAACAGCUCCCACAGCCUAUCACUCAGCAAAAUUUAUAGUUAUUUCUCAUAUUAAGAUACAUUCAGUUUAUGAGGACAUAAUAUUCAGAUAAACCCUGAAUAGUUUUAUGUUACAGAACACUUUCUCAGCUAAGAAGGAAUAUAAGAUGGAACACAGUCAUCAACAUGUGUAAUGCAUGGAAGAAGAAAUUCACAAAUUCAACAUGUUUUUACUAUCAUAUUACAUACCAACUGAAACAGUUUGCUAUCCAAGUAAAAAAAAACGUUUCCUAAAACAAAAUUCUUGAAAAGCGAGCAAUUUUUUUAAGUGAACAAAUCAUUUAGCAGAUUUUUUAAAAUUAUCUUACUUCACAUGGACAGAACACUUGCACUUUGUUCAGUGUCAGAGAGCCCCAUAAAGAAUUUUGAUACCUUUAUUGAAAACUUAACUUUCAUCAAGGAUGCUAAGAGCAAUGGCUUUAAUGAAGCAGUUGUUUAAAACAUCUUAACAGUUUUCCACUAAUGCCAAGGCUGUUAAUGUUAAUCUGUGAGUUUUGGCAAAUAAUAAAUAUGUAUUUACUAAAAAUUGAAUAUCCAAAACUUGCAUUGUUGUUCUCAGUAACACUCAAA